AAUAUGCAUAUUAUUUCUUUGCAGUAAAUACUAAUGUUGGACUUAACAAGUAUAGAAACUAAUGGUGGCUAGACAUUUUUAAAUCAAGAGCAGUUAGAGCAUCUUGUAUUAUUUGAAAUCAUGACAAUAGUCAUGCGUGGUGGCCAAAUUGGCGGAGGUGACUCUCCACAAGAGAAUAUUCCAUUGCAGCCACCAAGAAAUAAUCCAGUACCUAGUCCAAAUGUUCUAAAUGAAAGUGAAGGAAAAGAUCAAGAUGAAAGCGGUGAAUUACCUGAAGGACAUGAACCGGACUUUCCUCUUGCUGAUUUAGCUCGUUUGGAUGAAAUGAUUAAUCGACCACGGUGGGUUGUGCCUGUGCUACCCAAAGGAGAAUUAGAAGUUCUUUUGGAUGCUGCCAUUAAUUUAAGUAAACUAGGCAUUGAUAAUCGUAGUGAAGCAUGCCAGCGAUUCUACAGAGAUGGAUUAACAAUAUCAUUUACUAAAAUUCUCACUGAUGAAGCUGUCAGUGGAUGGAAAUUUGAAAUCCAUAGGUGUAUAAUGAAAAACUGUGAAAAUUUAGUGGAACUUUGUGUUUUAAGACUUAAUCAAGACUGUCUACCCCUCCUUGAUUUGCUGGCUAUGGUGCUCAAUCCUAAUAGCAAAUUCCACACAUUUAAUGGGACACGACCUUCUGAAACUGUUCCUACUGGUUCUCAGAUACCUGACGAAGAAAUUUUUGCCCGACCGUCUGAUCUGAGAACUCCAAAGGGUUGGCUCGUAGACUUAAUUAAUCGAUUUGGUAGCAGUGGUGGCUUUCAUCUUCUGCUAGAACGUUUCCAGAAUGGUCCACUUCUCACUGUUCCUGUUAUAGCUGCUCUUAUCAGGCCCUUUGGAAUGUGCCAUGAUUUACUAACAGUCCAUACCGUUGAAAAAUAUUUUAUGCCUAUUGUUGAAAUUGUGCCAUCAUUUUUGGAUAACUUAACUGAUGAUGAAUUGAAGAAGGAAGCUAAAAAUGAAACAAAAAAUGAUGCCCUGUCUGGUAUAGUUAAAGCAUUAAAGUGUUUAUCUGCAAAAGUACCUAAUCAAGAAACUACAGUGAAAAGUUUAGAAACAUUUAGAUUAAAGAUGAUCCUCAGGUUGCUACAAAUUUCAUCAUUCAAUGGAAAGAUGAAUGCCCUUAAUGAAGUUAAUAAAGUUAUCGCUAGUGUUUCUUAUUACACUCAUAGGCAUGCUAAUCCAGAAGAAGAAGACUGGCUAACAGCUGAACGUGUAGCUGAGUGGAUCAAAGAAAAUAAAGUUCUUCAAAUUGUUCUCAGGGAUAGCUUGCAUCAACCACAGUACGUAGAAAAGCUAGAAAAAAUUCUUAGGUUUGUCAUAAAAGAGAAGUCAUUAACACUUGAAGAUUUAGAUGAUAUUUGGGCUGCUCAGUCUGGAAAACAUGAAGCAAUAGUAAAAAAUGUUCAUGACUUGCUUGCUAAGUUAGCAUGGGAUUUCACUCCUGAACAAUUGGACCAUUUGUUUGAAUGUUUUCAGGCUAGCUGGACAAAUGCUAGCAAGAAGCAACGUGAAAAAUUGUUAGAAUUAAUACGACGACUUGCUGAAGAUGAUAAAGAUGGCGUGAUGGCCCAUAAGGUUCUAAAUUUACUGUGGAGCUUAGCCCAUAGUAAUGAUGUUCCUACUGAUAUUAUGGAUCAGGCAUUAACUGCACAUGUAAAAAUAUUGGAUUAUAGUUGCUCACAGGAUAGAGACUCUCAGAAAACUCAUUGGUUAGAUAGAUGUGUUGAAGAAUUAAAAAAUGACAAAUGGGUACUUCCAGCAUUGAAGCAAAUACGAGAGAUAUGCAAUCUUUAUUCUGAAGCCCCUCCAAAUUUUAAUCAUGCCCAGAGAUCACCUCAUAUGUUUUAUAGACAUGAAGUAAUUAAUCGUCUCCAGCAGCAUCAUUCCCUAGUCAUUCUUGUUGCUGAUAAUUUGACAGCAUAUAUGAACCGAGCUCAUGUUAUGGCCAAAGAACAUCCAGAAUUAGAUCCAAAUUCUGUUUCACCUGACAGCAGAUAUAGUCAUGUACAACAAGUUCAAGAAAGGCUCAAUUUUUUAAGAUUUCUUCUGAAAGAUGGUCAACUUUGGCUCUGUGCUCCUCAAGCAAAGCAGAUCUGGACUUGCUUAGCUGAAAAUGCAGUUUAUGUCACAGACCGGGAAGCAUGUUUCAAAUGGUUCUCAAAGGUUAGUGUAAUGCCGACCUGUGACAAUGAUAGGUAUAAAGCAGAGCUGUGUGUUCAAGAUUAUAAGCUGAUGGGUGAAGAACCAGAUUUAGAUCCAGAGAUAAACAGAGAUUUUUUUGAGAACAUUGUUUUGCAAUUAGAUCCUUGUUUAUUAACUGAAAGUGGCAUUAAGUGUUUUGAUCGUUUUUUCAAAGCAGUUAAUUCCAAAGAAAGCAAACUAAUUGCAAAACGAAGAGCUUUUUUAAUGAAUGACUUAGAAUUGUUAGGAUUGGAUUACCUUUGGAGGGUUGUCCUUUGCAGUAGUGAAGAUGUGGCUAAUAGAGCAAUAGAACUUUUAAAGGAAACAUAUACAAAUUUAGGACCUCAGUUACAAGCAAAUCAAAUGGACAUUCAUGAAGAUUUUGUUCAGUCUUGUAUGGAUCGUUUAAAAGCAGCAUUUGAUACUAUUUCAGUUCUAGAAAGGGAUAAAGAUGGUGUAAAUAGAUUACGACAAGAAACAGUGAGAAUGGUUCGCAUUUUGAAAGUUCUUCGAGAAUAUGUGGGUCAGUGUGAUGGAGAUUACGGAGAAGAGAGAUCCAUUUUGCCUAUGGCAAGGGCCCAUAGGGGUAAGCAGUUAUCACUGACCAUUAGGUUUUCUAAUCAAGGUAGGAAUUUUGAUGAUACAGAGGUAUGGACACAUUUAAAUGAUACUUUAGGAGCAGUUCGCCGGCAAAUUCUCACAAGAGUGAAAGCAAACAAUGUAAAUAUGAAAGUAGAUUUGUUUGUGAAUGGAGAACUGCUUGAUCCUGCUGAUGACAAAAAAUUAGUUUCACAGUUGCCUCUCAGGGAUAAAAUGAUUAUAUCAGCAAAACUGUGUCAGAUUGGCACGAAUGUGCCAUCUUCUCCCGAUUCCAGUUCUGACAGUUCAACAGGAUCACCUCAGCACCCAUACGAUGGACCCAAUGUUGAAGCUGAAAAUUGUCUCCCUGGAGUUUUAAUGUCGCAACAACAGCAAUAUGCUCAAUUUUUAUUCCAAUUGGCUGAUUUAGGAAGUUCUUUAAAUGUACCUGCACUUCGAGAUGAAGCCUAUGCAGUUUUAAAAUUGAUGCCACCUGAUGCUCACACAUACGAAAGACUGAAAACAAUAUGUUUAGAAAAUUCAAAACUUGGUGAUAGAUCCCCUUCACCUUCUUUAGAGAGUAUCUUCUUUGCACCUUCUCCUUCUCAAGUUUUGUAUACUCUUGAAGUCGUCUACACUCUUCUUAUGCCUGCUCAUAAUCCUAUGUCAGAAGAAGCUCAAAAUUUUCAGUACAAUUUUGUUCGUAGUGGAGGUGUACCUGUUACGCUAGGAAUGAUCACAAAAAACAAUUUUUUAUCUGGUGCUGAUGUAUCAAUUAAAAGGUCAGCAUACCUUGUCGUUCUUAAAAUUUUAAAAUUAUUAUUGACUACUGUUGGAAGAUGUAUAGUACUAGUAGAAGCUGAAGUUAUGCAUUCACGUGGUUCUCCUGGUUCUUUAUCACCAUCAUCUCCUAGUUCUGUCAUGCUUACAGGAAGAGCAUCUGUACUGCAACAAGCUUUAACACACAUCCCCAAUCCAAAUUCUGAGUUCAUGCUACGGAAUGUGUCUGUAAGAUUGGCACAAUUAUUGCAUGAUCAAGCCAUAAGUCAUCGUCCUGAUCUUGCUACUGUUAAAGCUAUUAUGAAAAUGGCUUGGGCAUCAUCUUCAGGCUCUAUGGACUUAAUGCAAGCAUCAUAUGAAGAAUUACAUCAGUUGGAGGAAAAGAUUUGCAAACCUGUUGAUUCUGAAGAAAUCCAGUUAUGCAGGGAGGCUUUAGAAGUGUUAACUAUAUCUCUGGCUUUAUGUCCAGAAGCUUUAGAUACUCUUAUGAAAGAAAAAGCAUGGCAUGUCUUCAUAAUUGAUUUAUUACUCAUUUGUAAAAAUCGCUCCAUUAGAAUAUGUGCAGCAGAUCAAUUUUUACUUAUUGCAACAAAGUGUUAUUUUGGUCAUCAGUGCCUUGUGUUCUCCAUAACUUUACUUUUUACUCAGCUGAUGACCACUGUUAAAGAGUAUGCAAAAAAUUCACAUGAAUUCUUUACAUUACUAUGUCGAUUACUUAAUUAUGCAUGUGGGUGCAACUGUCCUCUACCAACAGCUCAGAAUCUCUUGAACAAUGAAAUUGAUUGGCUGAAGUCAGUUAGAAAUAAAGUUCUUUCUACUGGUGACAGUCAAGUUGAUGAAGCCUUGCUAGAAGGUCAUCUAGGUGUAACCCGAGAACUUGUAUCUUUCCUUGGGCCAGACCGAAAAUAUGAAGUUGGAGCAGAUCCUGGAGUUCAACGAGGCAAUCUUAUUAAAGAACUUGUUGAAGAUUUCAUAUUCCCAGCUUCAAGAGUUGUUCUUCAAGUUCAGCGCAGUGGUGGAGAAUUGCCAUCAGAGCAAGCAAUCCCAGUUUGCUCAUCAUCAUCAUCAGUGGUUGCUGCAUUUGAUUUACUUGUUGGUCUCUGCACAGGUUGUGCUCAAAAUUUGAGACUUCUUGUUGAAAUGCUUUGUGAGAUGUUUUAUUCAGCUAACGACCACCCUCUGACGGAGUGGGAGUAUCUUCCACCUGUUGGACCAAGACCUCCUAGAGGAUUUGUAGGCUUAAAAAAUGCUGGCGCCACCUGCUACAUGAAUUCUGUACUUCAGCAGUUAUAUAUGAUAGAAGACAUUCGAAAUGGCAUUCUUUCUGUGGAAGGUGCAGCUACAGAUUUAAAUGAGGACUUUUCUGGUGAAGAAAGGAUUGAAAAUGAACAACAGGGUAUAAUAGAAUCGGAUAUUGAAGGGUGUGAAGAGAAAGGAUCACGAGAAGAAACUAGAAAAGAGUACAAUUUAGGUGUAUUAAAACAAGUUCAAGCAAUUUUUGGGCAUUUAGCUUGCAGUAAGCUUCAGUAUUAUGUACCACGAGGAUUUUGGAAACAUUUUAAGCUUUGGGGUGAACCAGUAAAUUUAAGAGAGCAACAUGAUGCUUUGGAAUUCUUUAAUAGUUUGGUUGACAGCCUGGAAGAAGCAUUAAAGCUUCUGAAUCAACCAUGUAUAUUGUCUCAGAUUCUUAGUGGAUCAUUUGCUGAUCAAAAAAUUUGCAAAGAUUGCCCUCACAGAUAUUCAAGGGAAGAAUCAUUCACAGCUCUAAAUAUUGAUAUUCGAAAUCAUAGUAAUCUUUUGGAUUCACUUGAACAAUAUGUAAAAGGUGAUUUACUUGAAGGAGCAAAUGCAUAUCAUUGUGAAAAGUGUAAUAAAAAGGUUGAUACUGUAAAACGCCUUUGUAUUAAAAAACUGCCACCCAUUCUGGCCAUUCAACUGAAGAGAUUCGAUUAUGAUUGGGAAAGAGAAUGUGCCAUUAAAUUUAAUGAUUAUUUUGAAUUUCCUCGUGAAUUUGAUAUGGAGCCUUACACUGUCAAAGGUUUAGCUAAAAUUGAAGGUGAAAUGAUUGAAGAUGAUUUCAAUGUGGAUAAUGAAUCAUGUUGCACAAAAUACAAAUUAACAGGCAUAGUAGUGCAUAGUGGUCAAGCAAGUGGAGGGCAUUACUAUUCAUAUAUUUUACAUAGGCACAGUGAUGGAAACCAGAAAUGGUAUAAGUUUGAUGAUGGUGAAGUAAUGGAAUGUAAAAUGGAAGAUGAUGAGGAGAUCAAGAAUCAGUGUUUUGGUGGAGAUUAUAUGGGUGAAGUUUUUGAUCACAUGUUAAAGAGAAUGUCAUACAGGAGGCAAAAGCGAUGGUGGAAUGCUUACAUUUUAUUUUAUCGGAGAGUGGAUAUGGAAACAAAUAUUACAAGAAGCUUAAAUGAAUUGACACUAUCUGACAAUAAACAAUGUGUUGUAAAGAUGCCUGCUGCCAUUGAAAGAAGUGUAAGGCGGCAAAACAUCAAAUUCAUGCAUAACAGAAACCAGUUCAGUUUAGAAUAUUUUCAAUUUAUGAAAAAACUUAUAUUGUGCAAUGGUCCAUAUGUUACUAUACCUGGUGGUCAUGAUAAAUUAACAGCAGAUGGUGAAGAAUUAGCUUUAAUAAGUAUUCAGUUAGCAGCAAAAUUUCUUUUUACUACUGGUUUUCAUGCCAAGAAAACAUUGAGAGGUCCUGCAAAUGAUUGGUAUGAUGCUCUAUGUAUACAUCUUCGUAACAGCUGUAAUGUCCGCCGAUGGUUUGCAAAUAAUGUGCUGUUUAGUAAUCCUCAUAUCUUUUGUGAAUACCUACUUGAAUGUCCUGGUUCAGAGGUUCGCAGUGCCUUCAUGCGCAUUUUAGUCUUCAUUGCUCAUUUUGCUUUACAAGAUGGCCCUUAUACCCCUCCAGCAUUUGCAAAUUCACCUUAUCCUGUAGAUUCAAGUGCCACUUUAGCUGAUCACUUGAUUAUGGCUGUUCUAAAUUUGUUGAAAAAAGAAGUUUCUGAGCAUGGUAGACAUCUUACGCAGUACUUCAGUCUUUUUGCUAUGUUUGCCUCUCUUGGAGUUGCUGAGAGAACCAUGUUAUUACAAUUAAAUGUGCCUGCUACGUUUAUGAAAGUUGCUUUGGAUGAAGGGCCUGGACCUCCAAUCAAAUACCAGUAUGCUGAACUGGGCAAACUGUAUCAAGUUGUUAGUUUACUAAUUCGUAGCUGUGAUGUUAGCUGUAAAACACAAUCAUCUCAUGGUGGAGCAACAUUACCUAAUCCCUUUGUGGGUGACAAUAUUUACCAGGAAUAUCUAAUGCCUAUACAACCAGAAGUUGCUGACAUUUUGUACAAUAAUACAUGUUAUCUGAAAAAAAUUGUAGAAGAUGCAAAUAAUUCGGAAGAUACAUUAAGGCUUUUAAAGUUUUGCUCAUGGGAGAAUCCUCAUUUUUCUUCCAUGGUUUUGAAUGAAUUGUUAUGGCAAGUAUCAUAUUCAUAUACUUAUGAGCUUAGACCCUACCUGGAUUUGUUAUUGCAUAUGAUGCUUCUGGAAGAUUCCUGGCAGAAUCACCGUAUCCAUAAUGCAUUAAAAGGUAUUCCUGAUGAUAGAGAUGGAUUAUUUGAUACCAUUCAGCGUAGCAAGAAUCAUCAUCAAAAAAGAGCAUAUCAGUGUAUAAAAUGUAUGGUAACUUUGUUUGUCACUUGUCCUGCUGCAGCUCAAAUGUUGCAGAGUAAUGGGGAUUUGAAACGGAAAUGGUCCAGUGCUGUUGAGUGGUUGAAUGAUGAACUAGAACGUAGACCUUAUGCAGCCAAUGCUCAAUAUGGAUAUAAUAAUUGGUCUCCACCUGCACAAUCUAAUGAAACAUCAAAUGGCUAUUUCUUGGAGAGAUCUCACACAGCUCGUAUUACUUUAGCUAAAGCUUUUGAAAUUUGUCCUGAUGAGGAUAUUGAAGAUCAAGAUAUGUCAGAGGAUGGUGAAAGCCCUCCACCUGAAGAUAAAGUUCAAACAUGGCAGGGAAAUGGUCCUAGUAUUCCUCAGCAUCCUAGUCCUCCACCUCCUGCUCCAUCAGACAGUACUGGUCCCAUACCCAAGACACCAACUCAAAGAUUACCAGUUCUUUCUUCCUCUGAACUUAUUGUUGAAGAGCCUGUAGAACCCUCUUUUAUGUCGUCCAAUAAUGGAAGUUCGUCGGACACUCAACACACUUCUGACUCUACAUCUAGCUCCAUAACAACAACUGUGUCACCAACAAAUGUUACACUUAGUGAAGAAGGUGUUCAAUCACAGCUUCGGAAACAGCAAAUUCCAGCAGCACCUGACAGGUUGACAGAAAAAGUUGUAAAACCUUGUGAUCAUAAUGAUGAAACAACAUUGUCAUGUGAAAAAGAUGACACAGAAUUUGUAAAGACUGCAGUGGAAUUUGUUUCCAGCAUGGAGCCUGACAAACGAAGAUUUGUCAAAAGUCAUAGUGUCUCUAGAAGAAAAAAUCCACAAAAUUAUUAUUUAUCUAAGAAGGAUUUUUGAUCUUCAAAUUGAGGUUUAAAAAAGUAUGUAUAAAUAGCAUCUGUCAAGAAUGGGCCUGUUGAAACUGUGUACAUGCAGAGAUCUGUGAGUUAUUUAUUUUGCAGUUUCUGCUACACUGUGGAGAUGUCAAAAGAUAACAGGCAUAAGAAAGCCUCCUUAUUUUUGUUUAUUUGCUGCGUUUCUUUUGCUUAUACAAAAAUGAACAUUUGAAAUGUUCACUACCCCAUGUGAAUUGUAGAUAAAAUUUGGUUUUUAAGUCAGUUUUUCAAAUAUUUGUUUAUAGCAAUUUUCUAUCUGCAAUGCAUUUUCAGUUGUGGACUAAGCAUUGUGUAUUUAUUAUGAUACAGAUCUUCUGCUGUCUCUACAGAUGCUGAGAUGUAUAAAUUCAGACUUGUGUACCUUACAUGGUCUCUGUAGAUGUACAAGAUUGGAAAAAUUUAUGCAGAAUCAUAGCUCCAUAAUGUUUGAAGUGUUUCUAAAGCUAUUUUUUUUAAUUCUGUUUUCAUUAUGCUAUGGCUUGUUUGCCAAUUAUAUGAAAUCACCUUGUUUGGGAAGUAAUGCAUUUUUUAAAAUUGUAAUACAAUAUUGAUUAAGAAAAUGGCAUUUAUUUCAAAUACACCCUUCCCUCAAAAUAUACAAAUAAUAAUAAUAAUGGUUCAAGUAAAUUAUCUUGUCAAUAGGUACAUAUCUGCAGUUUACAUGCUGAACAAAAAUUAUGUUGUCAAGAUCUAUCUGUUGCCUAUGUUUAAGGCAAAAUGAAGCAUCAUUGCUUUGAAGAAAAUUUAAAGUUCAUCAGAAAAUAUACCUUUAGUGAAACAGUUAUAGUAUGUAAAAUAUUUGUAAUUUUGUUGCUGAUUUUAGAGAUUGUAAUGGUGUAACGUUUCAAAAAGGAGUUGUAAACUCUUCCUGAAUAUUUAUUUGAAAAUAAAAAAUAUAUAUAGUAGUGGCAAAUUUGAAAGCAAAACUUUCAAAAAUACAAUAGACAUGGAAUUUUAUCAAAGUUUAUGCUCAUGAUUACACCAUGCUUUGUUUAUGUCAGUACAUAUGUAAAGAUUUGGACAUUCGUAAUAUUCUGUAAUUUAAUUGUAUUAUCUGAAAUAAAGACUAAUUUUAAUAUUCAUCUUUCAAAAA